AUGACUAUGAGAAAGGAGAAGAAAGGAGUCAAAAACGACACCGAAUUAAGCGCGACCGAUCUCAAAGAACUGGUUGAGCAGUACAAGAGUGUUUACUUGCAGGUCAAGGGACAAGAGUUUCCUUCAGAACCUAAAAAGCAGUUGGAGCUAGCGAUUGAAGCGGUGUUCGACUCUUGGGAUAGCCCGAGAGCGAUCAAGUACAGAAGCAUUAACCAGAUAACCGGAUUGAAAGGAACCGCGGUUAACAUUCAGUGCAUGGUGUUUGGAAACAUGGGAGACACUUCAGGGACUGGUGUUCUCUUCACCAGGAACCCUAGUACCGGAGAGAAGAAGCUCUACGGCGAGUUCCUAGUCAAUGCUCAGGGAGAAGAUGUGGUUGCAGGGAUAAGAACACCAGAGGAUUUGGAUACGAUGAAGAGAGUAAUGCCUCAAGCUUACGCAGAGCUUGUAGAGAACUGCGACAUCUUAGAGAGGCAUUACAAAGACAUGAUGGAUAUUGAGUUCACGGUGCAAGAAGAGAGAUUGUGGAUGCUGCAAUGUAGAGCGGGUAAGCGAACUGGUAAAGGUGCGGUGAAGAUAGCAGUUGAUAUGGUGAGUGAAGGGCUUGUUGAUAAACCUUCUGCAAUCAAAAUGGUGGAGCCUCAACAUCUUGAUCAACUACUUCACCCACAGUUUCAUGAUGCGUCGGGUUAUCGUGAAAAAGUGGUGGCGAAGGGCUUACCGGCGUCUCCAGGAGCGGCGGUAGGGCAGGUUGUGUUCACGGCGGAGGAAGCAGAAGCUUGGCAUUCUCAGGGCAAAACCGUGAUUCUGGUUCGAACGGAGACAAGCCCUGAAGAUGUUGGAGGUAUGCACGCAGCGGAAGGUAUAUUGACGGCGAGAGGAGGAAUGACGUCACACGCGGCGGUUGUAGCUCGUGGUUGGGGCAAAUGCUGCAUCGCCGGUUGCUCCGAAAUCCGCGUCGACGAGAACAAAAAGGUUCUAUUGAUUGGAGAAUUGGCUAUAAAUGAAGGUGAAUGGAUCUCAAUGAACGGAACAACCGGUGAGGUUAUAUUGGGGAAACAAGCAUUGGCUCCUCCUGCUUUAAGUGCAGACUUAGAGACUUUCAUGACUUGGGCUGAUGGAAUCAGACGUCUCAAGGUUAUGGCGAAUGCGGAUACGCCUGAAGACGCGAUUGCAGCUAGGAAAAACGGAGCUCAAGGGAUCGGGCUUUGUAGGACCGAGCAUAUGUUCUUUGGAGCAGAUAGGAUAAAAGCAGUGAGGAAGAUGAUAAUGGCGGUGACAACAGAGCAAAGGAAAGCUUCUUUAGAUGUCUUGCUUCCUUACCAACGUUCUGAUUUCGAAGGGAUCUUCCGCGCAAUGGAUGGUUUACCUGUAACAAUCCGUUUGUUAGACCCUCCGCUUCAUGAGUUUCUACCUGAAGGUGAUUUGGAUAACAUAGUAAACGAGCUAGCUGAAGAGACAGGAAUGAAAGAAGACGAGAUCUUGUCAAGAAUAGAGAAACUCUCUGAAGUGAAUCCAAUGCUUGGUUUCCGCGGUUGCAGGCUUGGAAUAUCAUAUCCAGAGCUAACGGAAAUGCAAGCGCGUGCGAUUUUUGAAGCAGCAGCGACGAUGCAAGACCAAGGUGUUACUGUUCUUCCUGAGAUUAUGGUUCCACUUGUUGGAACUCCUCAGGAAUUGGGUCACCAAGUUGCUGUAAUCCGGAAAGUUGCAAAGACAGUAUUUGCUGAGAAGGGUCAUACCGUGAGCUACACGGUCGGGACAAUGAUCGAGAUCCCUCGAGCAGCGCUCAUUGCUGAUGAGAUUGCGGAAGAGGCAGAGUUUUUUUCGUUUGGGACAAAUGACUUGACGCAGAUGACAUUUGGAUAUAGUAGAGACGAUGUUAGUAAGUUUCUACCGAUUUACCUCGACAAAGGAAUUCUACAGAACGACCCUUUUGAGGUUCUUGAUCAGAAAGGUGUAGGACAAUUGAUCAAGAUGGCGACAGAAAAAGGACGAGCGGCUAGGCCUAACCUCAAGGUUGGGGUAUGUGGAGAACAUGGAGGAGAGCCAUCGUCUGUUGCAUUCUUUGCUGAAGCAGGACUUGACUAUGUUUCUUGUUCUCCUUUCAGGGUUCCUAUUGCAAGGCUAGCAGCUGCUCAAGUUGUUGCAUGA